AUGAAAAGUUGCAAGGUUAAUGAUCCUCUGCCUAUUCUUCACAAUUAUUUCCAACCCGGUGACGUCAUCAUAGGUGCCAUUACUUCUCUUGUCCUCAUGCCCCCAAAUCCAGCUACCUUCUAUGAAGAUCCCCACCAAUCAUUUAUAAGAGAACCCAUGGUCCAGACUAAGUUUUAUCAGCAUAUUUUGGCUUUGAUUUUUGCUGUGAAGGAGAUCAAUGAAAACCCUGAGAUUUUGCCCAACAUCACCUUGGGCUUCAAUAUUUUUGACAGCUAUGAUGGGACAUGGACUUAUCAUGCCACAAUGAAACAUUUUUCACCUUUGAAGAGACUGAUCCCCAAUUAUAAGUGUGGCCUCCAGAACAACCUGCUCUCAGUCAUGGGGGCUCUUUAUUCUGAAACCUCCAUUUUAAUGGGAGAUAUCUUGAGAAACUACAAAGUUCCACAGUUCAUAUAUGGGUCACAUCCAGAGAUGCAGGAUCAAAGGGAAUCCUUUUCCUUCUAUCAAAUGGUCCCUGAUGAAAGCUACGAAUACAAAGGGCUGCUUCAUCUGCUUGUGCACUUUGGGUGGACCUGGGUUGGCAUCAUUGUAAAAGAAGAUGAUGGUGGACGAUUUGUGAGGAUGACAUUUUCAAUGUUUCCUCUUCAUGGCCUUUGUAUUGCCUUCUUACAAAGAAUGAGACCAAUUUACAUCAGUAGUUUAGCUGAAGAUCUGGAAUGGCUAGUAGAAACAUACCAGCUUUCAAUGAAGAGCAAAGCCAAUGCAGUGGUGGUCUAUGAAAGAACUCUUCUGCAUUUGAGGUUACUGCUACAUCUUCCUAAAAUGGAACUAGUGUCUAUGGAGCCUAAAGGUAAGGUGUGGAUCAUGGCCUCCCAAAUGGAUCUUGCAUCAGUGUUUUACCAAAGGAGCUGGGACAUUCAAGACAUCCAGGGUGCCCUGUCCUUUGCAGUUUACUCCAAAGAAGUUCCAGGAUUUCAGCAAUUUGUUCAGGCAAGGGACCAUUUCUUAUCAGGAGAAGAUGGCUUUAUCAAAGAUGUGUGGGUACAUGCAUUUGGCUGUGAAUUUCCCAGUCCCUUGGAGCAUGAGAAAGACAGUGGCAUUUGCAGUACGAGGGAGAAACUGGAGAACCUUCCUGGGGCUUUUUUUGAAAUGAGCAUGACUGGCCAUAGUUACAAUAUAUAUAAUUCAGUGUAUGUUGUGGCACAUGCAUUCCAUGCCCUGCAGAUUGAACAAAGACAGGAAAGAAAACUGUACAAAGGGAAACUGAAUCUUCAGGAGCAACAGUCAUGGAAGCUGCACCAGUUUCUGAAAAGCAUUUCAUUUAAUAACAGUGCUGGGGAUGAGAUUUUGUUUGAUCAGAAGCGGAAACUGAUUGUUGGAUUUGAUAUUAUAAACUGGGUCACAUUCCCAAACCAGUCCUUCCAUCGAGUGAAAGUUGGGAAGCUGGAUCCCUGGACUUCUGAAGACAAAAUCUUCACCAUUCAUGAUGGAGCCAUUACCUGGCACAGCACCUUCAACCAAACACAACCUAUUUCUGUAUGUACUAAGAGCUGCCUCCCUGGUAAUUUCAGGAGAAAACAAGAGGGGAAGCAAGUUUGCUGCUUUGAUUGUCUUCCAUGUCCUAAAAAGAAAAUGUCAAGCCAGAAGGACAGGGAUGGCUGCUCCGAAUGCCCAGAAGAUCAAUAUCCAAAUAAGGACCAAGAUUCAUGUCUUCCCAAGAAAACAGCUUUCUUGUCCUAUGAAGAACCAAUGGGAAUAGGUUUAGUCAUUCUGGCACUUUUUUUCUCUCUCUGCACAGUUGUGGUGCUGGCAACAUUUUUAAAGUAUCACAAUACUCCCAUUGUCAAGGCCAAUAACAGAAACCUCAGAUACAUUCUACUCAUCUCUCUCCUACUCUGCUUCCUUUGCUCGCUGCAGUUCCUUGUUGCCCCUGACAAUAUAAUAUGUCUCCUCCAACAAAUCAGUUUUGGCAUCAUCUUCUCCGUGGCUGUGUCUUCUGUGCUGGCAAAAACCAUCACUGUUGUUCUGGCAUUCAUGGCCACCAAGCCAGGAUCAAGGAUGAGGAAGUGGGUGGGAAGAGGACUGGCCACCUCCAUUGUUCUUUCUUGUUCCUUGAUUCAAGCAGGCAUCUCCACAGUGUGGCUUCUCACAUUUCCACCAUUCCCUGAUGCUGACACCCAUUCAGAAAUUCAGGAAAUCAUCCUGCAGUGCAAUGAAGGCUCAGCUACCAUGUUCUACUGUGUCCUGGGCUACAUGGGCUUUCUGGCAGUUGCCAGUUUCAUAGUAGCCUUUUUCUCCAGGAAGCUCCCCAGCAGUUUCAAUGAGGCCAAAUGUCUCACAUUCAGCAUGCUGAUCUUCUGCAGUGUGUGGCUCUCCUUUGUUCCCUCCUACCUGAGCACCAAAGGGAAAUACAUGGUGGCUGUGGAGGUUUUCUCCAUUUUGGCCUCUAGUGCUGGGUUGCUGGGCUGCAUAUAUUUCCCCAAAUGUUACAUAAUCCUUGUUAGGCCUGACCUAAACAACAGGGAACAACUCAUUAAGAGAAAAAAUUAG